AAUUCUGUCGGGCCGGCACCGGUGUGAGAGAGCAGCCCAUCCACAGCUCCGGAAAGGCGAUAUACACGUCGCUCACCAAAUAUCAGCCGAGCCAGAGUGCUGUUGUAACUUUGAACAGUCAUUAAGCGAAUGAUUGUAAGUCAAGGACUAUCUGUAUGUGCAUGAUGGUGGCCAAGGUUGUACCAAAGGCCCUUCUGAAUGGUUCCCACUCAGUGGUGGGUUUCUACCAGUUUGUCUGGUUUGGACGAAUCUGCAGCGGUGGGAGGCUCCACCCACCCGCCCAGACAUCAUCACGGAUGCUCUGCACAUGUGCAGAAGAUUCUGCGCAUGCUCAGAAGUGCCGCAUGCGAGCAAAGCAAGCAGGUGCAUGCACGCGCUCACAGUUCCAAACCAGUAGCAAAGACAUCCAGUAACUAUAUACAGAACCUCAAUCAUUGGUCGAAGAAUAUGGAUCAAGAUGAAAAUCAGAAAAGGAACUCUGAAAUUACACAGGAGGUUUUUGGCAAAGCGAUAAUGGAUUUACAAGGUCCUGGCAUUCCUGAAGAAAUUAUGUUCUCUCACAGGCAUCAAAGAACCCACAAAGAUGAGUUUGAGUCUCCUCCCAAUAAGUACUGCGAAUAUGAUAUUUUUCCUAAAUGGCAUUUACCAGUGAAAACAGCAUUAAUACUCUCUUUGUUUAUAUUUACUUAUACCUUCCUAAGGGACAUCAUCCAUCCUUUUGUCACUGCUCAAGAAAACGUAUUUUAUAAAAUUCCAAUCUUGGUCAUAAACAAAGUCUUACCGGUGGUAUCAAUUACUCUUCUGGCCUUGGUUUAUUUACCUGGGAUAUUAGCUGCAGGUUUCCAAUUCCAUUAUGGAACUAAGUAUAAACGUUUUCCACAAUGGUUAGACAGAUGGAUGUUAUCAAGAAAACAAUUUGGCCUUCUUAGCUUCUUUUUUGGUUCCAUGCAUGCCUGUUACAGUUUGUGCUAUCCACUGAGGAGAUCCUACAGAUACAAACUCUUAAACUGGGCGUAUCAGCAGGUACAGAAAAAAAAGGAAAAUGCUUGGAUUGAACAUGAUGUCUGGAGAAUGGAGAUUUAUGUAUCUCUAGGAAUUCUGGCACUUGCUUUGCUGGCUCUGUUGGCAGUAACAUCAAUUCCAUCUGUCAACUAUUCAUUGACUUGGAGAGAGUUUCAUUAUAUUCAGAGCAAGAUGGGAUAUUUAGCAUUGCUGCUUUGUACUAUUCAUGCACUAGUAUUUGCAUGGGAUAAAUGGAUUGAUCUACACCAGUACUUAUGGUAUACUCCACCCACGUUUAUAAUAGCAGUUAUUCUUCCAAUUAUAGUUCUGACUUGUAAAGUUAUCCUGCUGUUCCCAUGCUUUAGGAAGAGACUACAAAAGAUCAGGUCUGGUUGUGCUGCUGUGACAAAUGAGACACAGAUCACUUCCAAACUGUAGAUUCACUGAGCUUUUCCAAAUCCUAAACAAAACAAUUGGUACAUAUAGUUACAGUUCUGUUAGUUCAGGUACAUGAAGUACAUCUCACUAGACUGGUUGAGGUUUACUUCUGAGAUAGUAUCUAGGAUCAAACUACACAAUGGAAAAAUCCACUUACUUUUUUUAUAUUUCAGUUUUUACUGAUAAAAUCCUGAGAUUGUGCCCGAUUGAAUUAUACGAAUUCUAUAUAUGAAUUCAUAAAAAAUCCCAAAUUUUCAAUUUCUUAUUCAGAAACUUCUUCAGGAAUAUUGUGGACCCAUAAUAUUUUUGUACUUGAAGUAUGCAUUGUAUUGCAACCUAAAACAUGCAGAACAAUACGUAGGCUAAAAAUUAUAACAUGAACAAUGGGCUAUCCUUGCCUCAAUGUUACAGUGACUGAAAUUCAAUAGGAUAGACACAGUACGUUCUUUUGCCCACAAAUAUCAUCUUCCAUUCUCCCUUCCUCAGUCUCUCUCACUUCACAUACGAAAUCCCAUUUUAAAAAAUCAAAAGAUUUGUAUAUUAAUCUGAGUGUAUGUACAGAUCAACUAAUGCAGACAACCUAUAUAAAAUACUUCUUAAAACAUAAAAUGCUUGUACGAGAUGUCACUACAUUGGACUAGGGAAUAUAGCAUAUGAAUUCAGUUGUCAGAUAAUAGGUGCAUAGUCUGAGUAAAAGCAGAACUAGAAAAGGGAUGACUUUAUCCACCAGCAUUUGAUCUUCUAACUUAUUAUUCUAUACCUGGAGAUUCCAAGACAAUGUGCAGUACUUGAAAAAGAGGUGCAUGAAUGUUAAAAGUCUCAUUUUUUAAAGCAACUUUAGGUUUGGUAUGUUUGGCACAUUCAGUUUAUAUAACUCUUUGUCAGUUGUGAGCAUUACUAGUUAUGCUACAGUAGUUUGCUAAUGCAAGAGCCAAAUAACUGCAGAAAAUGCAGUUUUGGUCCUAAUAAUAUAAUUAACUUAUGACUGAAAGAAGUUUGGGCAUGGAUCGAUCUGGGACUUUCCAAUUUUUAUGUGUUUUGGGAGAAAUGAUUUCCAUCUGUGCAAAGUUGAGGUCUAAUUAAUAGGAAAGAUUAUUCUGAAAUCUGGAGAAUAUUCUCAUUUUCUUUUCAUUGAACUUUUGUUCUUAAAAUUAUAUUGAGAAUUGAAUAAUGUAAAUAUAAAUUUAUGUAAAAGUAGUUAUUAGUAUACUUUUUGUAAGAAUGUAUGCAAUAUAAUAAAACUUUCUUACAUUUUUUUCAAC